AUGGCCUCUCGACACCGAACUACGAGGCCAUCUGCUAGUCGCCCGUCUGGAGUUUCCACUCCAGCGCGAACUGCCGGUAGCAACCGCAGCGCAGACGUCCUUCCACCGUACAAGAAGCCAUCGCAUCCCCUCGAUACCGAAGCGACGCGAGCCCUGAGGGAACUACAAGGUCGCAAUAUUAAUGACAUCAAGAGGCACAAUAAGCAGGCUACCGAGCAUGUCACCAGUACAGCGGCAAACAUUAACGACAUGCUGCGCGACCAUGCUGGGUAUAUCGAGCGACGGCAGAAGAAGUGGGACGUGGGCAAAAGUCUGGACGACAAAGACGAAGAAGAAAGUAUCAUGGCAGAGCUCCAGACCAAUGUGGAUGGGGCUACCACCAAGCUGGAAGAAAGCAUGCGCGCUGUCAUCGACUCGGGUGUCGCCGCGCAGCGCAUCGAGGAAGCGCUGGAGUGGUUAAGGAACACUGCGCCCGGACGGUCGGCAGACGAAUAUCGGACGCAGAUGACACAGCGGGAGACACAAAGGCAAACCCAGACUCAGGCAGCAAGCCAGCGGGCACAAAACGAGGGUGACGACGAGGAUAUGGACGACAGACCUACGCCCGGUCCUACACCCCUCGAUGGCUCUCGCGUAGCUCUCACAGGCGCAAGUGAGCUGUUUGCGGAUCGUAUGCAGCGCGACAAGGAUGCCUACACGUCACUCUCCUACACAGCGCGCUAUGCACGCAACAACGAUUACCGCGAAUUCAAGCGCACGGUACACGAUGCCAAGUAUGGCGACGAGGGUCCCACACUUGGUCAUGAAGACACCUGGUUCAAUGAGUCCGGGUCCCCAGCGCCUGGCAUUACGGACACACGCCGAGGCGACCUCGACGACGACGAUGACAUUGUAGUAGACAAAGCGACCAUCAGCACGAGGUGCCCCAUCACAUACCAGCAGUUCAAGGACCCCUACACAAGCACAAAGUGUCCUCAUACCUUCGAGAAGAAUGCCGUUCUCGAUAUGAUACGAUCGGGCGGUCACAGGGUGGACGGUCAGAGAGCCAUUGAGUGCCCAGUCAAUGGUUGCUCACAGUUGCUGACCAAAGACGACGUGCGCAAGGACACUAUUAUCGCUCGCAGAAUCAAGCGCAUGCUAGCAGCUGAACUUGAAGGUGACGACUCCGACGACGAGGUGCAAGCUCCUCGUGAGGCUCAACAAGUUGAUGGGAGCGACGAUCUGUCUGGAUCGACACCGAGACUGCAGGUAUCGGGGACUCAACAGCCGCCAGAGUCGAGCAUUAUCGAGGACCUCGGAUCUCCGAGUGAUAGCGAGAUGUCGGUUUAG